AAGGACAAGAAUCAAGAUAAGGACAAGAAUCAAGAUAAGGACAAGGGCCAAGAUAAUGAUAAGAAUCAAGAUAAGGACAAGAAUCAAGAUAAGGAGAAGGGCCAAAGUAAGGACAAGAAUCAAGAUAAGGAAAGAAUCAAGAUAACGACAAGGACCAAGAUAAGGACAAGAAUCAAUAUAAGGACAAGAAUCAAGAAAAGGACAAGAAUCAAGAAAAGGACAAGAAUCAAGAUAAGGACAAGGGCCAAGAUAAGCAAAAGGAUCAAGAUAAGGACAAGGACCAAGAUAAGGAUCAGAACCAAGAUUAGGACAAGGACCAAGAUUAUGACAAGGACCAAGAAAAGGACAAGAAAAAAGAUAAGGACAUGAACAUAGGACAAGAACCAAGAUAAGGAAAAGGACCAAGAUAGGGACAUGAAACAAGAUAAGGACAUGAAACAAGAUAAGGACAUGAAACAAGAUAGGAAUAAGAACCAAAAUAAGGAGAAAGACCAAGAUAAGGACAAGAACCAAGAUAAGGAUUUGAAACAAGAUAGGGAUAAGAACCAAGAUAGGGACAAGAACCAAGAUAGGGACAUGAAACAAGAUAAGGAAAUGAAACAAGAUAGGAAUAAGAACCAAGAUAAGGAGAAAGACCAAAUUAAGGACAAGAACCAAGAAAAGGACAUGAAACAAGAUAGGGAUAAGAACCAAGAUAAGAACAAGGGCCAAGAUAAGGACAAGAAUCAAGAUAAAGACAAGAACCAAGAUAAGGAUAUAAUAACAAAGAUAAGGACAAGGACCAUGAUAAGGACAAUGACCAAGAUAAGGAUAAGAACCAAGAUAAGGAUAAGUACCAAGAUAAGGAUAAGAAUCAAGAUGAGGACAAAAACCAAGAUCAGGACAUGGACCUGGUUAAGGAAAAGGACUAAGAUAAGGACAAGGACCAAGAUGAGGACAAGGGACAAGAUAUGGACACGGACCAGGUUAAGGAAAAGCUGCUGGAAUAGGACAAGGACCAAGAUAAAGUCAGGCCAAGAAAACAAAAUAUUUCAUAAUCUAAUCAAUGUAAACAAAAUAUUUCAGAAUCUAAUCAAUGUAAACAAAAUGGAAGAUACUCUUGCCUUCCUAGAGAAAGAAAUUCAAGCUUUUGAAAAAAUUCUUGCAGAACUAAAUGGUACUCGUUCUAAUACGACUGAUGGAGAAAAAUUAGAUUGGAGCAAACCUGAACCUGAGAAUUGUAAAUCUAACCCUGAAACUGAUCUUGAACCUGAACCUUGUAAACCUCCGUCGCUCCCAACCGAACCUUCAUCCAUCUCCAGAUCUAACCUCAAACCUAUUCUAAUCAACAAGAAGCUUAAACCUCAAAUUCCUCCCAAACCCAAGACCCCGGUUACAGAAUCUCCGAACCUUGAUUUCCCGAAAUCCACGAAAAGUCCAAGAUCUCCAGGGUCGGGGUCAAUGGAAAAGAGUAAACCAGCUGUUCCCCCCAAACCUGUCAAACCUGCAGUACACUUCAAACCAAAACAAACAGAAGAAGGGACAGAGGUCUGAAAAAAAUAGUCUAGCAAAAAAUAGCAUAAUUUGAUCUCACAAAAAAGCAAACAUUUAAAAUUAUAAAAAAUUCGCAUGAAUAAAUUGUAUUCGCGUCAUUCAAUAUUAAGGGAAUUUAUUAAGGGCGAAAAAAUGACUUUAUCGCUUCAAAACAGGUUGGUAAAUUAACUGCACUCUGGAUGUUUUGUAAGCGAAAUUGGUCUUGGGAACCCUUGUUAAAGUAAAUUCCCUUAACUUCCCUGUAAAGUAGUUGCAUAUAAUUAAAUUAUCCACCCCCCCUCCUUCUCUCAACUCUUAAAUACUUUAUUGGAAUCUUUUACAGAUUUCUUUUUGAAGAAAGGUCUGGAAUUUAAUCGGAACCACUUACUUUACAUGAAUUAACUGUAUACAUAUUUUUACUUGAUCCUUUCUCUAAAAAUUGCAUGUUCAAUUCACAACAGAUCUACAUAAACUAAAAUU